UGAAAACGAAAGUAAUUUUAAGUUACCUUGCUUGAUUAAAGCAAAAGACAAAGUUUUUGUUUUAAACAAACUGGAUAGAAUGGCGGACAGUAAAUUCUGUGCUGGUUGUCAGCGUAGUGAUGAAGACAUUACAGCUGUAUCUUGGUGCAGUGACUGCAGUGAACUUGUAUGCAAGACGUGUUCUAGAGUUCACGAAAGGAUGUCCCCGCCUCACAAGGUAGUACCAAUGAAAGAGAUACAACAACUCAGUUCGUCACUUCUUACAUUGUCCAAGAACUGCGACAAGCAUCCAGAUCAAAAGAUUGCACUGUACUGCUGUCAACAUGACAAGGUAGUCUGCGUGUCAUGUGUUCCGAUAUCACAUCAAAAUUGCAAGUCUAUCAUUUCAAUUGAAAAAGCUGCCAGGGGCGUGAAAGAUGGUACCGCUAUUUCUGAUCUAGAGAGAAGGAUUUCAAACCUAUGUCAAGUUACAGAGAACAGACGGAGUCAAAGUGAGAAAACACUUGUAGAUUUGGAAAAGAGUCGUACCAAAAUAAAGACAAGGGUGUCUGAAAUCAAACGGAAAGUCAUUGCUUAUUUAGAUACGUUAGAAGCAGAGAUACAUAAAGAUAUUGAUUUUAAGUAUGCAAAUUGUACUGAGAGUGUGUCCCGAAAUAAAGAUAGCAUACAAUCCAGUGCAGACUCGCUGUCUACAUGGAAAAGUGAUCUACAUUCACUGAAGCAACAUACAUCAGAAGUUCAUUUAUUCCAGGUGGUAAAAUUUCUAGAUGCAAAAGCUUACCAAAAAGAAUUAAAAAUCAGAGAAAUCCAAACAGCUACUGUUCCGAUACUUAAAUAUCAUCCGUCAGAAUUUGAGUCGAAAAUGAAGAAACUAGUCCAAGACUUAGGUACGAUAACGGUAGAAAAUGUCCAAGUCCAAAUGCCUGUACUAGAUAUCGAUCAACAAGGUCAAUUUCUCAAUAGGGAUAAAAGAAAGUUAUCACUGGCACAUUCAUUCCCGACCACAAAAUUAGGUACUGGCGUAAGUAUCUUUAGAGGGUGUUUUAUUUCUGAUAAUAGGUUACUCCUCAGUCAACAAGUUAACAAGCAACUUAUUGUUUGUACACUUGAUGGAUCGAAUUCCAACGUGAUUGAAUUGGAUUAUACACCAAAACAUUUUAGUUUAUAUGACAAAACCCAUGCUGUCGUAUCUGUUUGUGAAGCAGGUAUCCAGAUCAUCGAUCUGACAUCAUUGAAGCCUGGAAAGAGAAUUGAAGUUGAAGGAAGGUGUACUGGAAUCACCUGUGUAAAGGAUAAGAUCUGGGUAAAAAAUAAAUCUCACACUCUAACCAUUGUGAAUAUCAAUGGUAAAGUUCUUAAAGAAAUACAAACAACAUUUGAUCCUUGUGAUAUUUGUGCCAAUCAGGAUGGUGAUGUGUAUUGUACUGACUUAGAUAGUAAUAAAGUAUUCUUAGUUUCUUCGGAUGGAAAAGAACGUGAGAUAUACAACAGUCCUGACCUGAAAGGUGCUUUUGGUGUAGCUGUAGAUAACCGUGGGGAUUUGUAUGUAUCAGGAUUUGAAUCAAACAACAUACAUAGAAUAUCUAAUGAUGGACAGAAACAUGACAUCGUCUUGUCAGCAGAAGAUGGCAUCAAUGGACUGGACGGUAUAUCUUACAACAAUGAAACAAAAGAACUGUUAGUCUUAAACGACUAUGGUAGAUCUAUCAAUUUCUAUAAAACCUAAUGAACUCUAGCUAAUGAACACUUAUAUGACUUUAAGUAUUUGUGAUUAGCCGAAAGAUAAACAAUAAGAUUUUGUACCUGAACGACAAAUUGAUUUAUAUAACCGAGUUUUCUAAUUUUGCUUUUGCUUUAAUUUUUUUCGAUUUAGCUGUUGAACCAUAUCGAAUGGAUUCAAUAAAAAGGUAUAAUGCUGUAACUGUAGAUAACCGUGGUGAUGUGUAUGUAUCAGGAAAUACAGCAAACAACAUUCAUAGAAUAUCUAAUGAUAGACAGAAACAUGACAUGAUGAUAGCAUCAAUGGACCGUCCGGUAUAUCUGACAACAAUGAAAUAGGAGAACUGUUAGUUUUAAACGACUAUGGUAAAUCUAUCAAUAUCUAUAAACUGAAGACUAGCUAAUGAACACUAAAAUGACUGUUAUCAUUGGUCAUGUUGGUGAUAAGCCGAAAUAUAAACAACAAGUUUUUAUAUCUAAAUGACAAAUGAGUUGUACAGCCGAAUUUUCUAAUUUUACUUUUGCUUUAAACUUUUCAGAUUUAGCUGUUAAACAAUACCGAAAGUGAUCCAAUAUAUAUUUAAAUAUGAAGUGUAAUAGAUGUAAGACUUUUAAUAAAUAUAAACACAUUAAACAAUCUAGACAAAAUA